AUGUCCACAGUCCUUGUCACCGGUGCUUCCGGAUAUCUCGCGCUCCAUGUUGUGGAUCAAUUGCUCAAAGCUGACUAUCGUGUUAUCGGCACUGUGAGAUCUGCCGAGAAAGGCAAGCUGCUCGACAACUUCAAGACUUUGUACCCAAACGCCAAGCUUGAGCUGGAAUUCGUCGCCGAUAUUUCUCAGUUGGAUGCCUUUGACGAAGUUAUCAAGAAACACCCCGAAAUUGAUUAUGUUAUGCACACUGCUUCUCCGUUCUCGUUUGGUCUCGGUGAAGACAACGAGAAGAACUACGUGAUCCCUGCCAAAAACGGAACUCUCGGAAUUCUGAAUGCCAUCAAGAACUAUGGCCCAGGUGUUAAGCAUGUGGUUGUGACCUCUUCCAUGGCGGCAGUUACCGAUUUCGGCAAAAUAAAAGAUAAGACCUACGUCGCUACAGAAGAUUCUUGGAACACCAUGAGUUGGGAUGCUGCCAAAUCUAACGCCGGCCUCGCCUAUUGCUAUUCAAAAGCACUUGCUGAGAGAUCUGCCCGUGACUUCGUCAAGGACGAAAAGCCAAACUUCACUAUUUCUACGGUAAAUCCGGUUUAUAUUUUUGGGCCCCAGAUGUUUGAAGAGACUUUGGGAAACCUCAACACCUCGUCUGAUUUGAUUAACGGUGCAAUUAAACUGAGUCCUGAUGCCGAGGGACCAUUUGUUGACCCUAGUGGUGGUGGAAUUGACGUAAGAGAUGUUGCUCUUGCGCACUUGCUUUGUAUUCAAGACGCAGCCAAAUUCAAGGAUGCCCGUUUGGUAAUGAGUUGUGGUACUUUCUGCCAACAGACUCUCUUGGACAUUUUGAAUGCCAGAAUCCCAGAAUUAAAGGGGAAAAUUCCUGUUGGCGACUCAGCUGCUGGAAAGAAAUUCCUUGCAGAGAAUAUGAGUUCAUCUAAUCUUUCCAAGACUGAGGCAUUGUUCGGCCAGAAGUACAUUACUCUGGAGGAUACUGUCUACGAUACUGCUAGACAAAUUGUGGAUUACAAUGAGGCUCAUAAAUAG